AUGAGUGAAAACUUGAAGGACUGUUUGAUCCAGACCCAGGCUUCCUUAGGGGAGAUGGUGACGAUAAAAACAGAAGCCUGCUCUCCGCGCCGGGACCAGGAGUAUGGACAACCUUGCUCUGGAAGGCCUGACCUGCAGUCCAUGGAGGUGGAGCCCAAGAAACUGAAAGGGAGACGGGAUUUGAUCAUGACCAAGAGCUUUCAGCAGGUGGAUUUCUGGUUCUGCGAGUCCUGCCAGGAGUACUUUGUGGAUGAGUGCCCAAACCACGGCCCCCCAGUGUUUGUGUCUGACACCCCAGUGCCCGUUGGCAUCCCUGACCGGGCAGCGCUGACCAUCCCGCCUGGAAUGGAGGUAGUGAAAGAGCCCAGCGGGGAGAACGACGUACGCUGUAUGAAUGAGGUGAUCCCCAAAGGUCACAUCUUCGGGCCGUACGAGGGGCAGAUCUCUAGCCAGGACAAGUCCGCAGGCUUCUUCUCGUGGCUGAUCGUUGAUAAGAACAACCGCUACAAAUCCAUCGAUGGGACAGAUGAAACCAAAGCAAACUGGAUGAGGUACGUGAUCAUCUCCCGGGAGGAGCGGGAGCAGAACCUUAUGGCCUUCCAGCACAGCGAGAGGAUUUACUUCCGCGCCUGCCGUGACAUCCGCCCUGGGGAGAAGCUGCGGGUCUGGUACAGCGAGGAUUACAUGAAGCGGUUGCAUAGUAUGUCCCAGGAGACCAUCAACAGAAAUCUCACAAGCGGAGACAAAAAGUUGCAGAGGGAAAAGUCAGAAAAGAAUGUGGAAAAUCAAGAGGAUGGGAGGGGGCCGCUCCAGUUCGCCCUCUUAAAGCAAGGGAAGAGCCCCUACAAACGCAGCUGUGACGAGGGGGAAUCCCACCCCCAAACAAAGAAAAAAAAGAUUGACCUCAUCUUCAAAGACGUCCUGGAGGCCUCCUUGGAGUCAGCCAAAUUUGAAGAGAACCAGUUGGCAACAAGUACCAUCAGAAAAGCGUCUACCUACCCAGCUGAGGACAUCUUUGAGAGGUGUGGUGGUGCCAUGCAGCACGGCUCCUUGAACCUCAGCAGAAACCGGAGCGAGGGGGAAUGGAAGGUCCCCCACGGUUCCUCUUUCAGCUCAGCCAAAGAGGUGGGCAUCCUUGAAGAUGAGGAAGAAGAGCCCCUGUCGCUCAAAGCAGACAGUCCGACUGAGCUGUCACUGGCCUCUGCACAAGGCAACUCCCACGAAAUCCCCACCACCUCCUUUUGCCCCAACUGCAUCCGUCUGAAGAAGAAGAUUCGGGAGCUGCAGGCUGAGUUAGACAUGCUGAGAUCUGGGAAGUUACCCGAGCCACCUGUGUUACCGCCCCAGGUACCCGAGCUCCAAGAGUUCUCGGACCCCACAGCUUCAGAAAGCAUCAUCUCUGUUCCCACCAUCAUGGAGGACGAUGACCAAGAGGUGGAUUCUGCUGAUGAAUCGGUUUCCAAUGACAUGAUUGCUGCUACAGACGAGCCUUCCAAGAUGUCUUCUGCGACGGGCCGGAGGAUACGGCGGUUCAAGCAAGAGUGGCUUAAAAAGUUUUGGUUUCUGCGGUACUCCCCGACAUUAAAUGAAAUGUGGUGCCACGUCUGUAGGCAGUACACAGUGCAAUCCUCUCGGACUUCAGCCUUCAUCAUUGGCUCAAAGCAGUUCAAGAUACACACGAUAAAGCUCCACAGCCAGAGCAACCUCCACAAGAAGUGCCUGCAGCUUUACAAGCUCAGGAUGCACCCAGAGAAGACGGAAGAGAUGUGCCGAAAUAUGACCCUGCUCUUCAAUACAGCCUACCACUUGGCCCUGGAGGGCAGGCCCUACUACGACUUUCGGCCUCUGGCAGAACUACUGAGAAAGUGCGAACUGAAGGUGGUGGAUCAGUACAUGAACGAGGGAGACUGCCAAAUCUUAAUCCACCAUAUCGCCCGGGCUCUUCGAGAGGACCUGGUUGAACGCAUCCGACAGUCUCCCUUCCUCAGCAUCAUUCUGGACGGGCAGAGUGAUGACUUGCUGGCAGACACGGUUGCGGUUUAUGUACAGUACACAAGCAGCGAUGGGCCUCCGGCAACGGAAUUCCUGUCUCUUCAGGAACUGGGCUUUUGUACAACAGACAGUUACCUCCAAGCGUUAGACAGGGCUUUUUCCAGCCUGGGAAUACGACUGCAGGAUGAGAAGCCAACUAUUGGCUUGGGAGUCGAUGGUGCUAACAUUACCGCCAGCCUGAGAGCCAACUUGUUCAUGACAAUCAGAAAGACCUUGCCCUGGCUUCUCUGCCUGCCCUUUAUGGUGCACAGGCCCCACUUGGAAAUUUUGGAUGCAAUCAGCGGGAAGGAACUGCCGUGCCUGGAGGAGCUAGAAAACAAUUUGAAGCAACUGCUCAGUUUCUAUCGUUACUCUCCCCGACUCAUGUGUGAGUUGAGGGUCACUGCAGCCACUCUGUGCGAGGAGACUGAGUUUUUGGGGGACAUUCGAGCGGUGAAGUGGAUCAUUGGGGAGCAGAAUGUGCUCAACGCUCUAAUCAAGGAUUACCUUGAGGUCGUGGCCCAUCUCAAAGACGUCAGCGGCCAGACCCAAAGGGCAGAUGCUUCCGCCAUUGCCUUGGCCCUCCUGCAGUUCCUGAUGGACUACCAGUCGAUUAAACUCAUCUACUUCCUGCUGGAUGUGAUUGCUGUGCUUUCACGCCUCGCCUACGUCUUCCAAGGGGAGUACCUUCUUGUGUCGCAGGUGGAUGAUAAAAUAGAGGAGGCCAUCCAGGAAAUCAGCCGGCUAGCAGACUCGCCCGGGGAGUACCUGCAGGAAUUUGAGGAGAACUUCCGUGAAAGCUUUAAUGGCAUUGCUGUGAAAAACCUACGGGUGGCUGAAGCCAAAUUCCAGUCGAUCAGAGAAAAGAUCUGCCAGAAGACCCAGGUGAUCCUAGCCCAAAGGUUUGAUUCCCGUAGCCGGACAUUUGUGAAGGCCUGUCAGGUAUUUGACCUCACAGCUUGGCCCAGAAGCACUGAUGAGCUCAUGAGCUAUGGGAAGGAGGAUAUGGUACAAAUAUUUGAACACCUGGAGACGGUCCCAUGGUUUUCCAGAGAGGUUUGCAGAGAGGGGAUGGACACCCGAGGGAGUCUGCUGAUGGAGUGGCGAGAACUCAAGGUGGAUUAUUAUACCAAAAACGGUUUUAAAGACUUGCUCAGUCACAUUUGUAAAUGCAAACAGAGAUUCCCCCUCCUAAAUAAAAUAGUUCAGAUCCUCAAAGUCCUUCCCACCUCAUCGGCCUGCUGUGAGAAGGGGCGCACCGCCCUGCAGAGAGUGCGCAAAAACAACCGCUCUCGGCUCACGCUGGAGCAGCUCAGUGAUCUUUUGACGAUUGCUGUUAAUGGGCCGCCCAUUGCCAACUUUGAUUGCAAAAGGGCACUAGAUAGUUGGUUCGAGGAGAAAUCCGGCAAUAGUUACGCUCUGUCAGCCGAAAUGUUGAGCAGGAUGUCGUCUCUUGAUCAGAAGCCGAUGUUGCAGAGCAUGGACCAUGGCUCUGAGUUUUACCCUGAUAUUUAG